UCUACCCUAUCUUCAACUUGCCGUUCUUCAAAAAAAAUGGGGCUGUUCUUUUCUCGUGUAAGGUCCCGUGCUUUGAUGUUGAUGUCAAUAAUCUCCGUUUGCACUUUAUCAGAUUGCUAUGAUCCUUUGGAUCCCAACGGGAACAUUACAGUUACUUUUGACAUUAAUCAAUGGACACGAGAUGGCUAUAUGGCAAGGGUAACAAUUCAAAAUUACUAUCAAUAUCGCCAUGUAGAUAAAUCUGGUUGGAAAUUGGGUUGGACAUGGGCUAAUAAUGAGACCAUCUGGUCUAUGUCUGGCGCUUUUGCCACUACACAAGGGAACUGUUCAUCGUUCAAGUUCCAGAUCCCGCACUCCUGCCAGAAAAGCCCUGUCAUUGCUGAUCUCAUGCCAGAUGCCCUGCCAGAAAACAGAACAGAUGAUUGUUGUAAAGGUGGCCUUCUUGCUGCUUGGGCUAUCAACCCUUCUAAGUCAUUCUCCUCCUUUGAAAUGAUGGUUGGCAACUUGGGGGCGAAUCCUAAGGUUCAAGCACCAGUCAAUCUUACUUUAAUGACUCCAGGUCCUGGAUACACUUGUGGCUUAGUUGAGGACACUGAUCCCACAGUUUCUUCUGAUAUUGGGGGUAAAAGACAACUCCAAGCUUAUAGAACGUGGAAAUCAACAUGUACUUAUUCCAGCUUUGUUGCCAAUCAAUCACCGAUAUGCUGUGUUUCACUCUCAACAUUUUACAAUCCCAAGGUCACAUCAUGCCCUAGUUGCAGCUGUGGAUGCAGAGAUGUCGAUACAAAUACAAUUUCAUGCGUAAGAGAAGGUUUUUUUUCUGCACCAGAGUCAGGUCCUUUGGAUAAUUAUGACAUAGUGCAAUGCACUGAUCAUAUGUGCCCAGUUCGAAUUCACUGGCAUGUUAUGAAAAAUUACUUUACACAUUGGAAAGUAAAGCUGACCAUCUCAAACUACAAUUACAAAAGAAACUAUUCAAACUGGAAUGUGCUGGUUCAGCAUCCUGGUUUCAGCCAGAAUACAACAGCAUAUAGCUUUAUCAGUACAAUGCUUCCUUCUUUUGGAUUCUCAGAUGAUGUUGCUCUAUUUUGGGGAAUUGAAUACUAUAAUAAUGAGCUGGUAAAUGCCGAUAAGGAUCAAUUGGGUGCAGUAUCCACACAGAUUUUACUGAGGAAGGAUUUAGAUUCCUUUACACUUGGAAACGGAUGGGCACUACCUCGAAGAGUAUAUUUCAAUGGGGAGAACUGUCAGAUGCCUCUUCCAGACAUUUUCCCCACGCUACCAAAUGGCAGCUUCAGCUUGAAACCUGCUCAUCCCCUUUUCCUUCUUUUGAUCCAUCUUGCUUUCAAGACAUUUGUUACCUGGCUCUGAUAAAUAAAGCACUGUAAUGUUUUCUUCCUGCAUCAAAAUUUUGAGCCAUCUUGAUGUAUUGAGUGUCAAAGGGUGAAACUUUUGUACAUGUUUGCCUUAAAUUCAUGCAAAGUGUAAACGUCUGAUAAUCUCUUGGGCUUCCGGCUCGAGGACAAGGUCAUAAUUCAUUGUAAGGUCUGACUUUUUUCCGGUGUGUCCAUGCAUUGACAAAUUGAUUGUACUAUUUGUUCGUUAAUGUGACUAGAUAGAUGUUCCAGCUAACAAAUGUUUAAAUUAUGGCACCUCUUUCCCUCAAAUUUAGAUAUUGGUCAGUUGGUUCUCCAUCUGCUUUUCUUCUAACUUCUAGACUAUCCCA